CACAGGCGGGGAGGAUGGAAGGAGCCAGAGCAUCCUCGAUAUCUGGGGACAGGCGCAGAUACUUAAUAUAUUUAAUCCAUCAAAACUGCGAGGAGAGCCUUUCUGCGCGGAUAAACAGCGAUUUGUUUUGGGGAAGCUGAACAAGGAACAGAUUGCUGACAUCGACACAGCAGCGCCAGACCAGACAAAACGGUGCUUAUCAUCACUAUCCGGGACAUCGGGGCAUAUGGGUCUGUCCUUUUGGCAAUAUUACCGUCCAUAGCUUCACCAAAAACACUACUUUUGCUGCUAUCAUGGGUUCGAGACUGACAAGGCAGAGCAGCUUGGAUAAUGAGAAUUUUUCCAAAAAGCGCCGCAAGCUUCUGGAUGGUACAGGGGAGAACGACAGAGGCAGUAAUAAGGGCGGAGGGGACUUUCUGUUUGCCUUGAUGCUCAAAUCAGACAAACUGCCCGGGAUGCUGCGGAGGACCAACCAUAGCCCGUAUAUGAGGCGAGUGGCGUGGAUCAAAGAGAUCCAGAAACUGCUGCGUGAACGGAGGAUAGAGCAGGCAACCGACGUGCUCAAAUUACUAAGAAAGGAUCUGGGGCUAGAGGGAACAUCUUUGAAUGAUAUCUUGUACAAAAAUGCUGCUUUUCUCAAUCUUGUGGAUCCCAUCUCCCAUGAACUGCUGCUCAGCCUGGCACGAGAGAUGCAAUGCCCAAAAAAGCCAUCAGGAACAAGAAAAUCCAAGGACGCAGACACAAUAAAGUCUUCGGAUAAGAUCUGUCGACAGCUGAUCUACCACCUGACCCCGCACUCCAAGUGGCUGCGGCAGAGCAUGUCCCGACGGAAAUCCCAGGCGUGCCUGAAGACAACUCUACAGAAGAAACUGUCCAGCGACACGGUUGACCUGUCCGGGAUCCCCCUGUCCACUCGGGAUGUCCGCCAGGUUGCCUUCUACCUCCAAAACAACAGAGACAGUGUUGUAGCUGUGGACAUUAGCUUCACUGAACUCCAUGAUGAUAAUUUAAGGUUUCUACUUCCACUUCUUGCUUUGAUGCCCAAACUAAGCACCGUAGCUUUGAAUGGCAACCGCUUAACCAUAGCUAUACUCAAAGACCUCACUGAAAUGCUGAAAGAUCCCAAGAAGUUCUCCAGUUUGGCUUGGAUCGAUCUGGGCAACAACGUGGACAUUUUUACUAUGCCACAGCCCCUGCUGGUUGCUCUACGUCGACGAUGCAGUCUCAAAAGUAGCCUACCCACUAUUUACGAAUACACAGAGGGCCAACCUUACUGCUAUCACUUGGAGACAUCUAUAGAAGAACCUAGUCAUUAUGAGGAAGAGGAGGAGGAGGAAGUUGAACAGGAUGAAGAGAUGGAGAAUAAGGAUGAGCUUGAGCCAUGGGGGUUAGGUGAAAAACGGCUAUCAAAAAACUUCACCCUACACUAUUGUGAAAGGUGAUUGGUCAGAUUAUGUGAGAAUAUUAUCCAGUGGCACUCUAGCCAUAUCUCUAUUUGCCCACUCAAAAAACAAGUCACCUUCAGAGCACAAGCAAACAACCAGUGCUCAUAUACCUUGUUAAAAUCCGAAAUGGCUGACCCAAGCUCCACUUCUAUGACACACAUAACAUGAAGAAGGACUCACUGUGUUGGUGGAUGGUGCUCUUGGAAACACAGUUGGGUUUCAU